UUGUCGCAUCCCAUCCUACUCACUCACUCUGUCAACCCCGGUGGUGGCGGCGGGUGGCGGCGGCCGGCCGCAGUGUGGAGGGGGGAAAGGGCUUAUCUGCCCUCGGCGGCGCGGCGGCGUGGACAGCUACGCUACGCAGCACAACGCACCGCACCGCGCAGAGGAGAGCGCCUUGGCCGGCGCUGUGUCGCAGGCAACUCCAACCCGCCGCGACCCUCUCUCUCUCUUAUUUUGGGCGGUUUUUUAUCUAUCUCGUUUGUUCGCGGUUCCUUAACCUCCCGCGCGAUACCCGGCGGGCGCCGUCACGUUGGCAGUCCUGCCGCAUUGUCUGGGCCGGCGGGGCCGGCGGCUCGCCUGUUGGUGGCGGCAACCUGGUGAGGCGACCGCCGAGGCGUCGAGCCGUCAUUUCUUCUGUUGACAAAGAGCGACGGACGCCCCGCCGCCAUGGGUGAGACACCCGCCGACACUGACGCCACGGUCGGCGUCGUAGAGACCAUCUUCUCGACCAGGGCCAAGCCCUUCCCCUGCCCCGUCGACGGCAAGAUCGAGACGGUGCAGUUCUUGGAGGGGGCGAGCGGCGUCGUCUCGCUGGUUGAAAAGCUCGGCAAGGUAUUCGCCCCUGUCCGAUAUGACAUGAACGGGAACAUCGAGAAACUGACGAGCAAGUACAAUGAGGACCAGGAGAGGUUCGAGUUCCUGAACGAUAUGCUCAUCUGUGAACAGGCUCAGGGCGCCCUGCGCGCCACCGACGCCCUCCUUUGGCUUCGGAGGGCUCUCAGCUUCUUCCACAAGUUCCUGUUUUCCGUCGUGGAGGAUGCGAAGGCCGGUAGGAAGCGGGAGGAUUUGUCGGAUAACAUCCAGAAGGCGUACAGAGAGACGCUACAGAAGUACCACGGGUUUUUAGCCCAGCGACUCUUUAGUGUUCUUUCCAAAAUGGUGCCCCACCGAAGUCAGCUUCUGAAGAUAUUUGCACUCGGGGUCGAGGACCUAGAAGACGCUGUGAUACCUGAAGUAGAGAAAUUCCUCUCAAAUUUGAACUCAAACCUCGUAGUCCUAGAUAAGUUUUAUGAAGAUUUGAGACUGACUCCAUUGUAGACUAAACGCAGGGGACGUCUCGUCUCUCCUGCGCAUUAAUUUUUAUUUGUCCAUGACUGCAUCAGUAUUUUUACGUUAUAGUUUUAAGCCGUACUUGUCGUCAUAAAUGUGUCCCGCCCACUUUGAACGGCGCUUUCUUCGCACUGCUGAGUGAAUUCUCAAACAGUAAAAUCGAUUUUAUUA